AUGGAGAGAAGGGUUUUUGUGAGUGGACUUGGCUUUGAUAUAACGGAAGCUGAACUCCGUUCAUACUUUGAGCGAUAUGGACCGAUGACAGAAUUCAAACUCCUCCGUGAUAAAAAUGGAGAUAGUAGGGGUCUAGCUUUCGUAGCUUAUCAGAAAGAAAUAUCUUUGUACAAAUGUGUGAAUGAAGUAUCACAUAGGAUAGGGGAAAGAGCUUUCUCUGUAAAAGAGACUGAAGAAGAAGCUGUUGUAUCUAACAUAGCUUCCAAGAAGUUGUAUAUUUCUCUUCUAAAUUUACCUAAUGUCUCCGAAGAUAUAAUUCGAUCUUGGUUCGCUGACUGUGGACAAGUCCAGAGCAUCGCGUUCUCACCAGAUAAUUUGCGAAGCUAUUGCAUUGUAACCUUCACAACCGAAAAUGCUGUAGAUCUUUCAUUAACUAAAUUGUACACAAUUGGGGGGAAACCCCUUUUCACUCGCAAGGCCAUCAGUAGAGAGGAUGUCAAGAAAGCAGACCAAUGGGAAAAAGAAAGAGCAGCUAGGGAAGAAAAGAUGAACAGUAAUCCAGCAUAUAGAUACUUAGCUGCAAAACAGGCUCAAGAAGCGACAUUUUACUCCUCCAUGCCAUCGUUAUUAGGAAGUACCAGUGUUGCUCCCGGGGCUCCUCCUGCACAACAAGCACAAACACAACCUUAUCCAGUUCAAACUCAUGUCAUGGCCUCAACCGUAAGGCAACAGGGGAACUACCAAAACGCCUAUCAUUAUCAUAAUAACUCUAAUCCUUCGAAUAGCUCCAAUGCUCCCAAAAGUAUGUCGAAAUAUGGAUAUUACUGA